CACACACAGACAGAGGCAGGGAUGGAAGACUUUGGGCCUACACUGGAAUCUGGGCCCACUUCUAAUUCUAAUUUACCUAUAAUGGAGGAGUCUAGUGCCAAACUGUUCUGCUGCCGCUGGGUAAGGCACAGAAUCCCCCUGGCACAUAGAGAGGAGCUAUACCACAUUCUUCGGAUGACUGGACCCUUGCUGCUGUCUCGAAUCCUAAACUACCUGCUUCCGUUUGUCAUCACUAUGUUCUGUGGUCGCCUGGGGAAUGCGGUGUUAGCUGGCUAUGGCCUGGCCUGCGCGACUAUUAAUGUUACGACUGCAGCAACAGGAGGUGGACUUGCCUUAGCAUGUGACACUUUGGUAUCUCAGACAUUUGGUGGUAAGAACCUGCAGCGUGUGGGGGUGAUUCUCCAGAGGAGUGUGUUGAUCCUGCUGCUCUUCUGUCUCCCCUGCUGGGCCAUGCUCCUCAACACCCAGUCUAUUCUGCUGGCUCUGGGCCAGGAGCCUGAAGUGGCCAGAAUAGCACAGCUGUAUGUCAUCGCCUACCUACCUGCAGUACCAGCUAUUUUCCUGCAUCAACUUCAGGCUUCUUAUCUCCAGAACCAGGGGAUAUUUCUGCCUCAGAUGUACACAGCAGCAGCGGCCAACAUCGCCAACGUGAUGACAAACUAUAUCCUGCUCUACUGGAUGGACCUGGGAGUUAUAGGGUCUGCAGCAGCUAAUACACUCUCCCAGCUCUACAUAUGUUCCUUCUUGUUUGCUUACAUUUGUUGGAAGAAGCUACAUGUGAAAACAUGGGGAGGUUGGACCACAGAUGCGCUACAGGAGUGGGGCUCUUAUAUGAAACUAGCCAUCCCCAGUACACUGAUGCUAUGUUUCGAAUGGUGGAUCUAUGAGCUUGGGGGAUUCCUUGCAGGCAUGCUGAGUGAAGUGGACCUGGCUGCUCAACAUGUGGUCAUAAUGCUGGCUUUCAUCAAUUACAUGUUCCCCCUGGGGAUCCAGGCUGCAGCAUGUGUUCGUGUGGGGAACGCCCUGGGGGCCGGAGACACAGCUGGGGCCAUCCUCACCAGCAAGGUGUCCCUCGCCCUCUCAGGUUCAAUGGCAGUAAUUCAGGGAAUUGUGUUGAUCUCUACUAAAACAGUGAUCGCCUUCAUGUUUACUUCUGAUGAUCAGAUCAUAGAUCUGGUCUCUCAACUUCUCAACGUGUACUGUGUCCUUCAGUUCUUUGAUGGGCUAGUGUGUGUGUGCAUGGGCAUCAUCCUGGGCAUGGGCAAACAGAAGAUAGCAGCGAUGGCUAAUCUUAUCACCUACUACUGUGUGGGUCUUCCACUGGGCAUCUCUUUGAUGUUCACAGCUGGCCUCAAGGUCCUAGGGUUCUGGUUAGGCCUGUUCAUCUGUGUAAUUCUACAGUCCACUUUCUUCAUCACUGUCAUCUUCAGGCUCAACUGGAAGAGAAUGACAGAGAAGGCUGUGAAACGAGCUGGAAAGGCUGGACAUAUGGUGUCAAUGAGGAAUAUAGUUGCACCUGACCACACAGAGAACAGUGAAAGUACAGUGAAUGGAUACAUUUCAGUGAGUACUGAGGGCCAGGAAGACCUCAGGGGAAGCAAUGGGACCCCAGAGGUGAAGAGGGAGGAUGGGAACCCCAGUGGACUGCUCUCCACCACCCAGCUGGUCCUGAGGAGAGGUCUCACUGUACUGGCUGCCAUUGUCAUCCUGGCUGUGGGGACCAGUGUACAUCUUCUCCUGCCUCUACCAAUCAGCUCAUGGAGCAAUCUGAGUGUAAACUGGAGCAACACUACCUUUACCACUACCUCCCCCCCUGAACUCACCCCGUCAACAGUUCUCAUCUAGGAGAUAUACCUGGGGGACCCCAAACAGACCCUGUAGCAAGACAAUAGAGGUGCUGUCAUGGACAUGCUGUGUCAGUGAAUAUGAUAUAUCACCAAUUAUUACAGCUGAAACAGCCCUUUUCUUCAAUCUAGAGCCCUGGUCAUUAUGCCUAAUUCUGUGAUAAAAACAACAACAUUUUUUAAAGUAUAUUUUUCUGCAUAGGUUAUCUAAGCAUACCUCUUUACCUGUUCAAUUGUCAUUUUAAUUAAUGAUGCACAUUUAGUAAUUGCUUGCUUUUCUAAAGUCUAGCUACCUUGCCAGCAGGCAUGCUGGCUAAGAUACGUAGUUAGACAAGCUACUCUAACUUGAGAACUAAAAAGAGUUCUUCAGCUGUCUCCAUGGGAGAACCCCUUGAAGCUGCCGGUGAUGGGCAGAAGGGUAGGUUUGUAAAUUCAUUUCAACAAGCUGUGUAGC